AUGGUCGCCCCCUUCCUCUGCACGCUUCGCCUGCUAGAGCGCAAGGAGGACGUCCACCCGUGGAUCCACGUCUUUCCGUUCAUAUUCCCCAAACACCUCUCCGCCACCCGCCACCUCACCCUGUCCGGUAUCAAGUUCGACUGCAGGCCCCUGCAUCCUUGGAGCUUCCAAAUUUUCGGCCUUUAUCUCGCCUCUCUUACCGACCUCACGAUAGACCACGGGAGCUUCUAUGACUUCGGGGAGUUCCAGAGGUUGAUCGGUGCGUUCGGCAAGCUCGAGGCCCUCAGGAUUGAAAACGUCGGCUUCCUCGUGGCUCCGCAGCGCUCGACCUCUGCACAUGUUCCUGACUUUCCGCCAGUCACCUUGUUCUGGUUCGAUUCGAAGGCGAUCUCGAGCAUCUCUCAUGCACUCUCUGGGGCCGAGUCUGGUGAGCUGCAGCUCUCCAUGCGCGAGUGGACUGGAGGUCUCUGCAUCGAUCUGUCUCGCCAGCUCGAGCUGAGGGGGCUGCACCUCCGCGACGUCCACGCUGGGAACUACGCGCACCUGGACCGCGUGCUCCGCAGCCUCCCGCGGCCCGCGCUGCUCAACACGCUCGUCGUCGAUCUGCACCUGUGCUCGUCUGGGGAGCUGCCCGUGCCGCGGGCGUACUGGGAGGAGCGGCUGAACUUGCUCUUCGAGAACGUCUUCGCCGGCCUCGCGCUGCUCAGGAUCUCGCUCGACGCCCCCCUCGACCGCCCCUCGGAUCACUGCCACGCCGAUUUCCCGCAGCUGCUCGACACCCUCCGGAGCUGGAUGCCUGCCUCCCUUCUCAACAGGCCUGGACUCUGGCUCUCCGGGCCUCUUCGCUUCGUCCUCCCCUCCCCCCUCCCCAGCACACUCCAGGCGCCGGACGGCGUCUCCAAUGACGAUGAACUCCCCCAUGACUUCCCCAGUGACGACUCCUCCGGGAAUUCCCACGACAGCAACAUGCUUGAGGUUGUUGGUCCCAGUGGAGUGGACGGCCUCGCAUCUGUCAAGAAGCUCGAGCUCGACCACAUUCACGUGAGCCUAGCCGCUUGA